CUGCAGUCGCUGCUGUGCGGUCCAUCCCUCUCCGUUGGAACCAUCCUGCCUCUGAUGGAGCUUCUGUCAGAGGAAACCCUGUGGGGCUUCAGCCUGCACCUCCUCUGUGCCACCAGGAGGGGGCAGUACGACAGCAGCAUGGAGAAGUUGUUGGACCGAUGUCCUCAGGCCAUCAUCGCUUACGCCAACCACCACUUGCAAGACAAGCACAUGGCUCUGUGGUGGCAGAAGCUGCUCCCUGAGCUCUGUGACCGAACGAGAGCAGCAGCAGACAGCAGCGUCCUGCUGAGCGCACUCAAUGAGACACUGGUUGUGAUUGCAAUGGAGACGAGCCCCGCAGAGUUCUUGGAGCUGAUGCCUGAUGACGGGACAGCUUCUUACUUCCUGCCUCACCUGUUGGCGUGCAGCCAGAGACACCUGCUGACCUGAAACACACACACACACACACCCCUCAACCAAUCAGCACGUCUGGACAGUCAGCAGAGCCAAUCACAGCCUGAGAGCAAACAUGAGCCAACCAGAGCUGUGAAACCCUGAUAGAGCUCAGCUUGAGUUGAUGAAAGCUCAGCUGGUCAGAUGUUUGAAGGCCCAGCUCCACCUGAGAGGGAAUCUGCAUGUUCAGCUAAAACUGAGGAGUAAAACAUUAUGAAUGAAUCAAGACUGCAGCCAAGAUUAAAAUAAAAGAAAUCUGUGGAGGAU